GUUCCUAGUAUUUUGCAUGCUAGCUCGACGCAGCCGCUCGCUCUUAGUAUCUCGAGUUUCAAUUGGUCGACAGCGGCGCCUUUAGACAAAUCACCAAACAUUUGACUGGCUAGUCAGACACUGCACUCGUUAGGCGACAGCAACUUGUGCUCAAGGUCUUCCCUGCUCUGCAAGGAGACACGGCCUGGACAACAUGGGUGUGUUAUCAAGGCUGGCAAGGGGCCUGGUGAGAGGAGCAGACCGCAUGGCUGAAUUCACCAGCAAGCGUGGCUCAAGAACUCACAAUAAAGACAGAGAAGCCAGGCUGACCGGACUGAGGCUCUCCAGCAGGAAAUUUGUGUCCAUACGGGCCAUGAUUCCAGAGUUCGUGGUUCCAAACUUGGAGGGAUUCAAACUCAAACCCUAUGUUUCAUACCGCACGCCCAGAGGAACUGAGCCUCCUCUUACAGCAGAGAGUCUGUUCAACACAGUGGCAGCCCCUCAGAUACAGAAGGACUUUGAAGAAGGAAAUUUCAACAAGGAUCAGCUGAAGAAAUACGGGUUUGAGCCCACACAGGAGGGAAAGCUGUUCAAGUUAUACCCCAAGAACUUUGUGCGGUAAAACAUGGAUUUACAAUCAAGGCUAUGGGCAUAGAACAUGAACUUAAAGGUCAGCAUGCAGACGCAUGCAGACCACUUCACUGGACUCCUGCAGACAAGCAGUGACUUGUGGGACUCUGACAAUGAAAAAUGUUGCAAAACUCAAUGACCAGUGGGUGUAUGACUUUUUGCUGAAUAAAAGUUGCUGUUUUUGGUGUCUACAGUUCA